CACAAAACUAGUUAAUUCACUAGUUAAUUUGCUAUAACUCGAAUUAAUAGUUAGAUAAAUAGUUAAUUACUUUUUUACAAUUUUUUAUUAAUUGCUACAUUUGACUCUAGUUUAAAAAAAUAUGUUGUACACAAAACUAGUUAAUUCACUACUUAAUUUAUUAUAACUCGAAUUAAUAGUUAGAUAAAUAGUUAAUUACUUUUUUACAAUUUUUUAUUAAUUGCUACAUUUGACUCUAGUUUAAAAAAUAUGUUGUACACAAAACUAGUUAAUUAACUAGUUAAUUUGCUAUAACUCGAUUUAAUAGUUACAUAAAUAGUUAAUUAGUUUUUUACAAUUUUUUAUUAAUCGCUACAUUUUUUAGAUGGAUCGUCCUAGAUAUUCGGUUGAUAUGGGUAACCUCGAGCGCAACCGAACGAAAGAGCUUGCGAGGAAGAGAUCCCGCAAAGGUAAAUCACAUAUCGGCUCUUCAUCUCAAAGUCGAGAUGAUUUUGAUACGUGUUACGCAAGGAGGGAUGGGGAUGCGAUGACCGACGAACAACUAGAACAAGAAUUGCACCGACAUAAUUCCCGCUUUUUUCAAGACCAACGGAGGACCAUUGACGAAGAAGAGCUCGAGGACGAGGACGACGAUGUGGAGGAAGUAAUUCCAGAGAGCCACGACGACGAGGAGGAGGAGGGUGGCGGCAGCCAUGACGCCGACCAACCAGCCUCAUCCCAAACAGGUACAAAAAAAAGUAAAUCUGAACUAAUGGCUAAUAUUUUUUCUAAGUGGAAGGACCCGAACACCGGGAAUUGGACCGCAACUUGCAAUUGGUGCAAGAAAAACUAUAGCUUGGGGAUUUCCGGCGGAUACGGAUCCGCCACAAGACACCUUAAGUCCAAACACCCGGUGGAGUAUGCAAAAUUAGGCGGCGGAACGGGGAAGCAAACGCCAAUAUCGAGGUUUGUAAAUAACCAACAAGCUUUUGGUAAUUUCUCAUACAAUGAUGCACAAAAUUUGACAGGUAUGGCUAACUUACUUGUUGAAGAAAAUUUGCCUUAUUUGUUUUCUGAAAGUCUUGCUUUUCGUGAUUAUGCACAAACUUGUUUAAAUCCGCAAUAUAGAGGUUAUAGUCGCAAAACGGUUAAGAAAGAAAUUUCAAGGCUUUAUGGUGCGGAAAAGGUAAGGUUACAAAAUUAUUUUGCAAACUUUGAUGGACGUGUUACUGUAUGUUCUGACAUAUGGGAGAAUACUUAUCAUAAUUUACAUUAUUUGGGUCUGACUGUACAUUAUAUUGAUAAUGAUUGGCAUAUGCAUAAACAUGUUCUUGCUUUCCGUGAAUUUAAUGAUCGUCACACCGCUGAACAUAUUUAUAUUUUGAUUGAACGUAUUUUAAUUGAGUAUAAUUUAAUUGAUAAGGUGUUUGCAUUGGUUUUGAUAAUGCUACUCAUAAUACUGCUGCUAUUCCUAGAUUGCGUGAAUUGUGUGGUUCUACUUCUUUGAUGGGUAGAUUUUUUCAUCAACGAUGUGCAUGUCAUGUUCUAAAUUUAUGUGUGCAAGAUGGUCUAAAAGCGUUGGGAGCAUCGUUGGAGGUAGUCAAGGGGGGGAUUAGACGUAUUUGGAGUAAUGGACAACUUAGGAAAAAAUGGCAUGAUUAUUUGAUAGAAAGAGGUGAGAGAUAUGUGGCUUUUCCUAAAGAUUUGUUUAUUCGUUGGAAUAGUACCUAUAAGUUAAUUGGAGUUCUUCUUAGAUAUAAACAACAUUUUCCUGCUUUUAUGAAACAAUAUGAUAACUAUAUUAUAAACUCGACUGAGAUCGACACCUGAGAAAAAAUUUGUAAUGCUUUGAUAUAUUUUAAUAAUGCAACUGAAACUUUUAGUCGUGUUUAUAAACCUACCUCAAACCAAUUUAUUCGCGAAGCUGUUAAUUUCGCCGGUGCUUUUUCAAAUUUUGAGAAUGCUGAUUAUGUGAGUUAUUUUGCUAGUUUUAUGAAGGAAAAGUUUUUAAAAUAUUAUUCACAUAUUCCGCAUAUUUAUGGUAUUGCAUUUGUUCUCGAUCCUCGUUUUAGACUUGGUUCUUUAGAAGAAUGUUUGAAUUAUUAUUAUGCUGCUUUUUUUGGUGCAUUGUCAAUGUAUGAGGACAACCCAAUUGAUCCGAAAAAAGAAUACAACGAGGUUAGUGAUAUAUUUUAUGCAUUAUUUAAUGAGUUUCAUGCACAAUAUGGCAAUGCGCCCCCUCCCCUGACACAAACAUCAUCUAAAGGAAAAUCAAUUUUCAAAUCUACGUUUGCCAAUCUUAUUAAAAAAACGAAAUCAACUCCCGCCACACAACAAAGCACAAUUAAUGAUAUUUCUUUGUAUUUAACUUAUGAUGUUGAUUUUGAAGAAGAUGAUGAUUUUGACGUACUAAACUGGUGGAAGGGAAAAGAAAGAAUGUUCCCGGUUUUAGCAAAGAUGGCUAAGCAAGUGCUAUCAAUGCCGGUUUCAACGGUUGCCGUGGAACAAGAAUUUAGUUCGGCCGGCAAUGUCCUAACACAAACCAGAACGAGGUUGAGCGCUGAAUCUCUUGAGAUGCUUAUAUGCUACCACGAUUGGUUGAAAGCAGCCCGUAGAGCUCAAGAAAUUGACAUCACCCCAUCCCAACACUUUAUGGAUGAAUCUACAACCGAGGGUGGCUCUACCUAUGCCGGAGAUUCCGAUUGAAAUAUUGAAUGAUUGAUUAGUAUUUCAUGUUUUAAAAACAAUUAUAGUUCCUAUUUAAUUUUCAAAUGUAGUUCCUAUUU